GCAGCAGCCAGUGGCAGCGGGCGCGCGCUCCCAUUCCAACACUCAUAUUCCCAGUGCGACGGAACGAAGCGCACGCGACCGCAACCUCCAAACAUUUACCGGGAAUCUUUCUGCCAUCCGGGAAAAACACCGACGCCCCUCUCGGGUCGUGGCUUUAAACAACCGACGGCCGCAGCGGGGACGCAGCGUCGGUCGGUGAAGUGCAGCCGUUAACGCCACGUCGACUAAAACAAACAAACUAACGCUGAAACAGUUGUUCCCGUCUUUGUUUUGAUCGAUCGAACCGGGAUUUGAAGCAUGCUGGACCCGUCCUCCAGCGAAGACACCGGCGGGGAGUCCGACCCAGAAGUUGUGCAGGAGACUGCCCGGAAACAGGCUGCCUCCUCGGCGGGGAAACGCGGGAGCAGCAGCCGGGCGGCCGGCCAGCGGCGGCAGUCCGCCGCACCUGGAGCUGCACCCGGCAAAGGUGCAAAAGACAGCAGCGCCACAGGUGAGGAGGAGGAGAGGAAGGAGCGCGAGCGGAUCCAGAAGGAGGAAGAGGACAGGAAAACUAAACUGCAGAUCUAUGUGUUCGUCCUGCGGUGUAUCGCCUACCCGUUCAACGCCAAGCAGCCCACCGACAUGGCCCGGCGGCAGCAGAAGGUGAACAAGCAGCAGCUGCAGGCGGUGAAGGAGCGUUUCCUGGCCUUCCUCAACGGGGAGACUCAGAUUGUGGCGGACGAAGCUUUCUGUAACGCUGUGAGGAGCUACUACGAGGGCUUCCUAAAGAGCGAGCGCGUCUCCCGGAUGGUGCAGAGCGGCGGCUGCUCGGCCAACGACUUCCGGGAGGUCUUCAAGAAGAACAUCGAGCGGCGCGUCCGCAGCCUCCCGGAGAUCGACGGCCUCAGCAAAGAGACGGUGCUGAGCUCCUGGAUCGCAAAGUACGACGCCAUCUACAGGGGGGACGAGGACAUGCGGCGCCAGCCACAGCGGGCGCACCUUAGCGCCGUGUCAGAGCUCAUCCUUAGCAAGGAGCAGCUGUACGAGAUGUUCCAGCAGAUCCUCGGCAUCCGCAAGUUUGAGCACCAGCUGCUGUACAACGCCUGCCAGCUGGAUAACGUGGACGAGCAGGCGGCUCAGAUCCGCAGAGAGCUGGACGGAAGGUUACAGCUGGCCGAGAAGAUAGCCAGGGAGAAGAGAUACCCAAAGUUCGUCUCUGCUGACAUGGAGCCUCUCUACGUGGAGGAGCUGCGCUCGGCGGUCAACCUGCUCAUGGCCAACCUGGAGAGUCUGCCGGUGUCCAAAGGAGGUCCGGACUUCAAACAGAAGCUCAAACGCUCCUCCAUGAACAACUCCUUCCUGGACAUGGGAGACGAGACAGACAUCCUGUCCAAGUCUGACGUGGUGCUGUCCUUCACUCUGGAGAUUGUGAUCGUGGAGGUGCAGGGUCUGAAGUCUGUGGCUCCAAACCGCAUCGUUUACUGCACCAUGGAGGUGGAGGGAGGAGAGAAGCUGCAGACGGACCAAGCUGAAGCCUCCAGACCACAGUGGGGGACUCAAGGGGACUUCACUACGACUCACCCUCUGCCCUCGGUCAAAGUGAAGCUGUUCACAGAGAGCACCGGGGUCCUGGCCCUGGAGGACAAGGAGCUGGGCCGGGUGGUCAUGAACCCAACCACUAACGGGCCGAAGCAGGCCGAGUUCCACCGGAUGGUCGUCCCCAAGAACAGCCAGGACACGGAGCUGAAGAUCAAACGCGUCCGCAUGGACAAACCCCCCAACAUGAAGCACAGCGGGUACCUGUACGCUGUGGGUCAGAGAGUCUGGAAACGCUGGAAAAAGAGAUAUUUUGUUCUUGUUCAGGUGAGUCAGUACACGUUCGCCAUGUGCAGCUACAGAGAGAAGAAGGCGGAGCCUCAGGAGCUGAUGCAGCUGGAGGGCUACACGGUGGACUACUGCGACCCUCAGCCAGGUCUGCAGGGCGGCCGGGUGUUCUUUAACGCGGUGAAGGAGGGCGACCUGGUGAUGUUCGCCUGUGAUGACGACCAGGACCGGAUGCUGUGGGUCCAGGCCAUGUACCGAGCCACGGGACAGUCGUACAAACCGGUCCCGCCGCCGCAGAACAAAACCACAAACUGCAGAGGAGGACUCCAGAAACCAGCGUCCCCAAUCAGUCUGGACCCGUCUCAGCGACACGGAGCUGCGGAGAUCAGCUCCUCCACCCCCUGUCUCGACCACGCUGCCCUCUUCACCAUUUUACAGAAACAUACUCUGCAGCACCGCAUGAACGACUCCUUCUCCUGCCUGGGUUGGUUCAGUCCUGGUCAGGUGUUCGUCCUGGAUGAGUACUGCGCUCGGUACGGCGUUCGAGGCUGCCACCGUCACCUGAGCUACCUGAAGGACCUGAUGGAUUACUCGGAGAACAACGCGCUGGUCGACCCCACGCUGCUGCACUACAGCUACGCCUUCUGCGCCUCCCACGUCCACGGAAACAGGCCUGAUGGGAUGGGGACGGUGACCGUGGAGGAGAAGGAGCACUUUGAGGCCAUCAGGAGUCGCCUCAUGGCUCUGCUGGAGAACCAGAUCACACAUUUUAGGUACUGCUUUCCCUUUGGACGACCAGAUGGGGCCCUGAAGGCAACGCUUUCCCUGCAGGAGCGGGUGUUGAUGAAGGACAUCACCACUCCUGUUCCUCCCGAGGAGAUGAAGAAACUGGUGCAGAAGUGUCUGGAGAACGCAGCCCGAAUCAACUACAGCCAGCUCAUGGAGUACGCUCAGAUCAAGGUGGAUCCCCAGGCAGCUCCCGAGAAACGACUAGAAGACAUGAUGCGACUGGGAGAGCUUUGCAUCGAGGUCCUGCAGCAGAACGACGAACAUCACUCCGAGGCUUUCUCGUGGUGGCCGGAGCUGAUGGCCGAACACGCAGAGAUGUUCCUGUCUCUGUACAGAGCCGACAUGGACGCCGCUCUGCAGGUCCAGCCCGUCGACUCCUGGGACAGUUUCCCGCUGUUCCAGCUCCUCAACAACUCCCUGCGAACUGACCCUCACCUGUGCAAUGGGACAUUCCACAAACACCUGCAGGACCUGUUCGUCCCCCUGGUGGUGCGCUACAUCGACUUGAUGGAGUCGUCCAUCGCCCAGUCCAUCCACCGCGGCUUCGAGCAGGAGACCUGGCAGUCCGUCAAGUCGUUAACUAACAAUCUAGCGAGCGUUCCUCUUCCUAAAGUCCCCAGCCUCCCUCUCACGCUGCCACAGAUGCCCAGCUUCUCAGCACCCGCCUGGAUGGGACCGCUGUGUGACAACACUAAUGGCUCGGCCAGCUCGGAGGAUUUGUUCUGGAAGCUGGACGCUCUGCAGAUGUUCGUGCUGGACCUCCAUUGGCCGGAGCCCGAGUUCGCCAAACAUCUGGAGCAGAGGCUCAAACUGAUGGCCAGCGACAUGAUGGAGGCGUGCGUGAAGAGAACAAAAUACGCAUUUGACUUCAAAAUGCAGAAAGCGAAUAAGACGACAGAUUUCCGAGUGCCGCUGUCGGUCUGCACCAUGUUCAACGUGCUGAUGGACGCCAAGAAGCAGUGCUCCAAACUCUGCGUGCUGGACACCGGUCAGGAGUUUGACAAACAAUGGCAACAGUACCACUCCAAAAUCGAUGUUCUGAUUGACGAGGCGUUCAAAGAAAUGAUUUCCUCCCUCGUCACAAAGUUUGCCGGUGUUUUAGACGGCGUCCUCUCCAAGCUCUCCAGAUACGAUGAAGGGACAUUCUUCUCUUCAAUCCUCUCUUUCACAGUGAAAGCAGCUGCCAAAUAUGUGGAAGUCCCUGUGAGUCCGUAGAUCUGGUUUUAUUAUUCAC